AUGGUCUACCACGGCGGCAUGGCCAGCCCGCCACCGAGCGAUGGCCUUGUUCCGGCAUCGUCUCCUACCCUCCCCUCCUCUCCGCCGUCACGUAUCUCUCGAAAGGAAAAGAAGAAGUCCAUCUUGACGCCCCGGAAAUUCCGUCGUUUCUUCACCCCUCGCGGUAUGCCCUCCCAGAUAUCUCGGGAAAGACCAGCCCUCGGCGAGCUGCGCAGUCUGGCACUCAACGCUCAAACAACACCCCCACGAUCCACCCCCCGCUUCAACGAACCGAUAUCGCCCACGUCGAACCACAGCAGCAGCUUGCUCUCCCCUUUUGGCAGCGAAGAUGGUCCGAGGAAGCGGAAGCGGAGCGUCGUCAACGCAAUACCCAUGAAGUUGCCACCGUCAAGCCGCAACUCGAACACGAAGCGUUCAAGGACUCAGCUGGAGGACUUGAAUGAGGACUACCCUUUGGGUCGGAGCCCCGUCGCGAGGUCACCGUUGGAACAGAAUGAGAAUGCCGGACUCGAGGAUCACCCCAUGGGCUCGCCUUCGCCCUCAGGUAGUCACACGGCAGUUUUGGGCAGGACGUAUCCGACAGGACCUCAAGCUACAUCGGACGAAUUCGCACGGAGGCUUAGCUCCUUGACUGCCAGUAAUUUUGCGAAUGCAGGAUACGAAGGUCUUCGGCCCAGGUCUACGCUGAUUGACUAUUUCAAGUGCAACCGGGCAGGGAUUCCCGCUUCAAGUAGGGGAAAGGCCAUUGCAGCUAUUGCCAAGCUUCCCCUGCCGCCCAAAGAUGAGCCGGUCGUUUCCGAGUACCGGCCUCUGCCCGUGAUCAAGCUACGCAACCGCGGCUUUGGUGCUCAGCUGCUGCUCCGGGAGCAGGGCAGCACGCCUCGUCCAGGGCGUGAGCAUCUCGAGUAUCCUGCUUUUGACUCAAGGGCAAGUACGGCAUCCUUCUGGAGCCGAAGCACCGACGUCCACAUGUGUAACGCGCAUCUGACGCAAGCGAAUACUAUUCCUUUCAGUCUUGCAAGUUGUCACAAUGCCCCAAUGACGGCAAUUGGUGACGAAGAAGGCUUCAUCCGCUUCUUCGAUACGACCACAACCCCCUUGGGAGCGACACCUCGGACAAAGGUUGAAAUUGUCAUCCAGGCUCACGAAAAUGCCAUCAUGGACCUCGCCUUUUCCAAUGACGAUCUUCGUCUGGCAAGUGCCUGCGGUGACCGCUCCGGCAAGAUCUUCGACGUCAUGUCGCAGACGGUGGCCGUGGAGUUGAACGGCGGCCACUUCCAAUCUAUGCGCCGUGUCGAGUUUCAGCCUGGUAAAGCCAACGGAAACGUCGUAGCCACAUCGGACCGUGAUGGCAAGAUCCAGAUUUGGGAUCUUCGAUGUUCCAUGGCACCCGCCGCGGCCUUUUCCACUCGCGGUCCGGAGGGUAUUGUGCACCGUGAUAGGAACCGUGGCCCCCUCUGGGCUCGAACGACCAACACGCUCGACAAUGCCCACGCCCGUACGGUCGAGAGUGUUACAUCUCCUGCCUCCGUCACUGCUCUACAGUAUAUGCCCGAAGGUCGUGAGCACCUCCUCCUCUCCGCCUCAGAGGCGAAUGCCUGCAUCAAGCUCUGGGAUACUCGGUACAUCACCCCGCGCAACAAGGAGGCCGCGCCCCUGGCCGUGACCGCCGAACCGGGUACCCAUCGCUGGCGCCCCUACGGCCUUACUUCUCUCGCGCUGAGCAGCGACGCGGCCCGCCUGUACGCCGUAUGCAAGGAUAACACCGUCUACGCGUACUCCACCUCGCACCUCAUGCUCGGCCACGCCCCCGAACUCUCCCUUCGGCCACCGCGCCAAAAGGCCGGCUCCGCGGUGCAGGGUUUGUCGCCCCUAUACGGCUUCAAGCACGAUCUUUUCCAUGUUAAGAGCUUCUACGUCCGUGGAGCCCUCCGACCGGUAUCGACCUCCGGUACCGAGCUUCUCGCCGUCGGUAGCACGGAUAAGUGUGCCAUUAUCUUCCCUACCGAUGAGCGCGCCAUGCGGGAGUACUGGGACAUGCAGAGCCACUUGCUGCCAUCGGAGACCAUGUCCACCUCCUCGAGCGCCGCGACGUCCUCGUUCCAUUCGAAAAACCUCAACGCUGGCGGAGCUCAGGUGCCCAUCAUUCGGAACGGAACCCCCCUCGUCCGCGGCCACCGCCGUGAGGUCACGGGCCUCAGCUGGUCCAACGAGGGCAAGCUGGUCACCAUCUCGGACGACUACAUGGUGCGCCACUGGCAAGAGAGCAACGACAGCCGCGACGCGUGGGACCUGCGUACCGGAGGCGAGUUCGGCGGCAAGCGGCACUUGGCUGGGUGGGCCGACGUCGCGGACGAUUGGGACGAGGACUGCGACUCACACUCGGAGUGUUGA